CAGUGCAGCAUUUACUCCAGUGUUUACUUCCGUGAAACGGAUUGGGGUCCAUUUAGUUGAGAAGGAUACUUUAAGAUCUUCUACAUUCAACGGAUUCUGACAUCGUUUUUCAUGACACAGGUUGCAUGCAAAUGAUAACGUCUGUUAGGGCUGCAACCGGUACCCGAAAUAUCCGAUGAUAUCGGAUCCUACUUCAGAUUCGCGGUUGCAGAGCAGUACAAUCUAAUACCAUCAUCCAAUCCUUGCCUGUUGUGCCAUCCUGUAAUCUACCGCUGACCAGAAAACUCAAGGCUAAUUUGUUCUGGGGUAGUGUCUUCAGCUGUGUUUACGUCUUGCCCAGCUGCUUGACAUCUGCAUCUUGGCGCCAGGCGUUUCAAGGCGGCCCCCUCUUCCUUGGUGGUUCCAGGUGGGAGACCGCCUUAUCAUAUUGGAUGCAGGCUUGUAUCCUGUCCAUCAUCACCGUCUCUGCAGGGUUUCUUCUUGAAGGGGCUGCACCUCAUCUAAGAUCAUCUACCAAAAAAAUAAAAACGUCUCAGAUACAUGUGUAAAGAAUGUUCAAGCUGAACAUGAUGGGCAUCCCUAUUACUGCAGGCAUCAGCUGACGGAUUGCAAUUCUCUGAUUCUUGGAACUGACCUGGGUAUUGAUGAUUUAAGAAACCAAAAAUGAUGAAGUUGGAAACACUGGAUCUACAGUCAUUUGCAUGUGCAAUUUCUGAAUAUUGAGCGCAAGUUGUGCAACAUGUGAUAUGCUCCCUGUGAUAACUCAUGGCAAAAGAUUUAUUUGUAAUUCAGAAGGAUAAUUGACUUCAUAUUGAAAUAAUUGUACUAAUUUUAUUUGAUGUUGGCAUGUUUUCAAUCAAUAUUCCGUUUUUAUUAAAAUUGCGGUUCAUAAAGUUUAGCCACUCAGAACAUCAUGCAUCUACAGGGCUGGUUUAGAUGGACUGUAUGGACUGCAGUAGUGACACAGAUCCUAUUGGCAUCUGGCAGACUGCUUCCGCAAAGACAUGAUAAAAGAUCCGUCCCUGAAUCCGUCCCUCCAUCAGACCCUUACGAGGAAUUCUGGAAGCAGCACAAUCAUGGGUUGUGUCCCUUGGGUAUGGUCUCCCAGAGGAACAACACUGUGUGCUGUCUGCCCACUAGCUGCAAGCCAGGAUACGGACUUGUCGCGUGUUCUAUAAAUGGUUCCGAAGAUGUGUGCAUUCCUUGUAAAGAGGGCUACGUACAGAGGCUCAAUGUGUCUUCUUUGAAUAUGAUGAAUACAGCAUGUUUUAAGGAGGUGGCCGGAUUUAAUAAUCUUUGUUCCCUAGUUGACUUCAAUGCAGUAGAGACUGGCAGUUAUUCAAAAGGGAUGCCUUUGUCAUGCGAAUGUGCCCUGGAGAAAUGUCAUUGGCCGGAGACGUCCUAUAAAGAUGCAAGCUCCUGUAAAACAGAAGACCCCUGUCCGGCUCAUCACCAGCUCAGCAAGCUUACUGGCGUGUGUGAGGAGUGCCCCUGGUACGCUGACAAGGACCAACCAGGCUGCUGGCCCUGCGUCAUUAAUGUCACACUUCUGAGGUUGGGUCGUCCUGAAACAUCUCCAUCUCCAACAGUUGAGCAAGAUAUUAUAUCGAAAGAAAGCAAGUCCCAUGGACAUGAGCCGUUUUUUGGUAUCCACACAAUUAUUUCAUUGGUUUCAGUGCUGGGAACAUGUGUGCUUAUUCUCGGGCUUAUUCUCAUAAUCCUGGUCUGCAGACAUCACAAUUGCAGGCAACAACUCAGGGACUAUUUCUCCAAAGGCCCAUCCCAAGGUUCAGCACAAGACUUGCUGUCUCCACAAACACGAACACCAACCACUCCUACAAUUAAUGACGGCCAUAGUAACCUUGUUAACAUGAGAGCUUCAUCAACGACUGAUGCUCUUCAGAACAGAGAAGCUCAAUCUUUGCCCGUUGAAGCCAGACCAAAGGUUCAUAACUCAACAAAUGUUCGAACUCCAUGCAGAGGUUCUCUAAUUAACCAAGGGCAGAUAAAUGGGGCCAAUGCUUCCAUCGGACAUAAUACAUAUAGUAGUUCGCCAAUCAAUCAUGAUUCAGCACUUGAACCCUUGUUACCAUUGAACCCAGAUGAAACCCUAGCCAAGUCAACACUAUAUCCAGACCUUUCUGGGUUUCUAAAUACUACAGGUAGUACCAGUAACCAUGGGAAGGUUGCUCUUCGACAAUUGGAUGAGUUUUACAGAAUUUAUCAACCUUUAAAUACUGAGAUUUCUAUGAGAGACGAUACGAUCGGUGACACCCUGUCUGAAGACCAUGGCAUUGAUGAUGACAGGAUGCAUACAGGGUCAAACAGCGUGAGAGUGGCAGCAGUCUCUGAUGACUUGAGCACUAACAGAACCAGGGAUCUGAAGGCAAUUGGUGUAGAACCAAGCAGAGAGAAGACAAUCCAAAAGUCUAAGUUUAGCUCUGGAACGCAAUUUAAUAACAAGAAAUGUAAGGGUAACAAUGAUAAUAAUGGAAAUGCCAAUGCAAGAGCUGGUGGUUUGGCAAUGAACUUCAACGCGAAAAUAAACAACUCUGUGAUUAACAUUGAUAUUGACCAUGGGGUAGUUAGGAUGGGUGGAGAUGAGGAAUUGGGGAGGUGCCAAUUGCAGAGAUUGCAAGGAAGGACAGUGCCUGCUACCACGAUUAAUGAAGCAUCUGGCUAUGCUGCCACAUUGCUUUGCAACAAUAUGAACGAAGGAAUCAGUGAAUUACCUAGUCGAUGUGAAAAUGUGGAAAGCGGUGUGGAUGAAAGCAAUGACUAUAAUAUUAGCGUCGUUGAAAGGAAUAAUAGAUCUGAUAAAGCGACUGAGGAAGAGCAUUCCCAUAUAGAGUCUACUGCGGUCAAGAAAGUGUAUCCAUCAGUUGUUGCUGAUCGACCAGUUGGUGUUGUUGCCCCAUUUUUACAUAGCACUGUUGGCAGACAAAGUGGUCACCUUGUUUACCAUAGCAACAUGCCAGACCACUCAAACAUUUCGUCUAGAUACGGCCUAUCGCACAUGUCUCCGCCACUUUCACACAUUACCCAGAAUGCAUUGAACUCUGAAGAAAGUGAGGUCCAAAUUAAUUCUCGGCAUCUAGUAUUGCCAAGGCAUACCUCAAGUAACCGUGCCAAUGCGGGUUCAUUGUCAUCAUUACCGCAAAGCACAGAAUUACAGAUGCAGCGUCUGGAAGUUUGGAAUUAUGCAAGCGAGACUUUACCAAAAACUGUAGACUAUGAUGAAGAUGAGGUGGGAUUAACUGUGGAGCCACAGGGUUUGCAAGAGAUACAUGAUCCUGAUCAGACUGAGAGAAAAGAGGCGGCUCAUGAUCGUCAUGGCGAGGAACAAACUAAGGCGAAACGUGUGGCUGGAUUGGAUGAGGAUUGAACAUUGAUCUUCAGUGCUGAAUUUAUGUAGUACAUUUACUUCAGAAUUAAUAUAUAAUAAUGGAUUUGCAUCUGAAUAUAUCUGAUUCCUGAGGGCAGAAGAUCAGUUAGGCAAUCUUGAGAUAUUUUUAAUAAAACAAAAACAUAUUCAACAAGUUCUCUUGUAAAAAAAGAUGCCUUUUGUGAUGGAUGUAGCUAUAACUUCUUUUGACAAAAACUGAAUAAUAACAGAAAAUUAUACACUGAUGUCAAAAUUGUAAAGCCAAAGGCUAACAUAAACCCUAGAGGUUUUUUCUUGACAUCUGUAAAUUAUAUUAUUUUUUAUUAGCUCGGCUGUUUUCGAAAAAAAAACACGAGGUAUUGUCAUCGCCAGCUAGUCGUUGUCAUGUUGUGUCGUCCGCUGGCGUCAUGCUUAAGCCUUGACAUUUUGCUCUGAAAUCAAAGUGCUUCCCCCUAAAACUUUGAAACUUUAGAUGUAGAUGCACUUUGAUGAGCUCUACACUCCACACCCAUUUUUGGGUCUCUAGGUCAAAGGUCAAGGUCACUGUGACCUCUAAAAAAAAAUAAAAACAUUCUUACAAGCUUUCACAGCAGAGAAAGCACCCGUUAUGCAGAACUCUUGUUAAUAUUUAGAACUUUUUCUGUUUCAUGUUUUUUUUUAACAUGAAGUGCUUCCUUUUGCGCUAAUUUCUUAACUACUUUCUUUUUAAGUGGUUACUUUUCACUAAAAUUAUCUGGCUGAAAUGUUAAAAACUACAUCAACUACUUUAGAAAACAUUGAAUAUAUAUCUUUAAUAUUAAUUUUAAAAUAACAUUUUUUAAUUGUUAGAAAUCAUGUGUAUUAAAUAAUUUAUUUUAAAUUUAGUAACAAAUGUGAACUCUUAUG